AUGUCGCAACGGUUACUGGUGUUGUAUGGAUCUCAGACUGGUUGUGCUCAUGAAACUGCUGAACGGAUUGCUCGUGAAGGUCGUCGUCGAUAUUUUAAUGUUCAAGUCGAAGCCAUGGAUGAUUACAACAAGGCUCUAUUACCUAAUGAAUCUCUAGUGCUAUUCGUGUGUUCUGUUACAGGACAAGGAGAAGAGCCAGACAACAUGAAGAGAUUCUGGAAGUUUUUGUUGAGAAAAAACCUGCCUAAUGAUUCACUUCAAAAAGUACAGUUUGGAGUUUUUGGGCUUGGUGAUUCUUCAUAUCCAAAAUUUAAUUUCCCAGCAAAGAAACUGUAUAAGCGUCUGAUUCAACUUGGAGCUGCUGCCAUUGUUCCUCGAGGAGAUGGGGAUGAUCAGCAUGAUCUUGGGCUUGAUGGUGCACUGGAUCCAUGGCUUGAUCAAGUCUGGAGUGUCAUUUUAAACUUGUAUCCAAUACCAAUUGGAAAAGAAAUGAUUUCAGCUGAUGUACUUCCACCAUCUUCAUAUGAAAUCAUGUUUUUAAACGCCAAUGAGGUAAUGGAUACUAAUGUUACCAAAGCGGGUGAGAUUGAUGAGCAUUUUGCUACUGUGCGUUGUAACACUCGCAUCACUUCUCAAGAUCACUUUCAAGAUGUGCGACACGUGGUAUUCGACAUCACCAACUCGGGGCUAAUUUAUAGGACGGGUGACGUCAUGUCAAUCUAUCCCAAAAAUCUGCCUUGUGACGUACAGCUUGCAAUUGAAUAUCUUGGUUGGACAGCUAUUGCAGAUUUGCCAUUGCGAUUAAUUCCCAAUCGAUCUGAUUUACGCCAAUCAAAAGAACUAAAAGGAAUCUUGACUAUUCGUGAGCUUUUGGAAUGCCAUCUGGAUAUCUUUGGUCGACCACGACGAUACUUUUUCGAAUUGCUAGCGUUUUUUGCAUCUAAUGAACAGCAUGUUGAAAAGCUACGCGAGUUUGCAUCGGCAGCUGGCCAGAAUGAUUUGUAUGCAUACUGUCAUAGAGUUCGUCGCACAAUCAUGGAAGUAUUAAUGGAUUUUACAUCUGUUAUCAUUCCUGUUAAAUAUCUUUUUGAUUUGAUUCCACAUCUUUCUCCACGAUCGUUUUCGAUUGCGUCAUCAUUGCCUGAAACUGUGCACUCUGAACAACCUGUUGAACUUCAUUUGGCAGUGGGGAUUGUCACAUACCAAACACGAUUAAAAGAGAAGCGACAUGGCGUUUGUACAAAAUGGAUAUCACAACUAAAGGAAAAUGAUAGUGUUCGGUUCAACAUCUUACCUGGUUUAUUUCGACUUCCCGUAUCCAUCGACACACCCAUCAUAUGCAUUGGAACAGGGAUUGCACCCAUCCGAUCACUUCUUUUUUCUCGUUUAGCUAAAGGAGCGACGGAGAACAUUUUGUUUUUGGGAGUGAGAGGAAAACAUACAGAUUAUCUGUUUGGUAAUGAAUGGGAUGAGAUGGUGGCUAAUGGGACCUUGCAGCUGUUUACUGCAUUUUCAAGAGAUCAGGAUCACAAAGUGUAUAUACAGCAUCGAAUUGUAGAUCAAGGAGCUCUUUUAUGGAACCUGAUUGAUCAUCAAGACGCGGUUGUGUUUUUGUCGGGGAAUGCCAAACAGAUGCCAUCCGAUGUAGCGGAUGCUUUCCGACAGGUGUUUCGAACCCAUGGUAAACUGAAUCAAGCAGAUGCAGACAGAUAUAUGGUCGAGCUUGAGAAAACAAGACGAUAUCAGCAGGAAUGCUGGGCAUAAAGGAAACGAUCCGGUAUUAUAGGGCAGUUUAGGACGUGAUGCAUAUUAAACUUUUAUCAUCUCCAACCCACACAAGAUAAAUCAAAGUAAUAAAGUGUGAUUUCCAAG